AUGGCCCUGCGGACCGGCUGGCGGUUCCAACCAUCCGACGACGAGCUCCUGGACUCCUUCCUCAAGAAGAAGAUCCUCGGUCAACCGCUUUCCUAUCACAUGAUCGUGGAGGCCGACGUCUACGGUGAUGACCCCAAGAACCUCACUGCUCGAUAUAACAUGGCUAAUAGGGACCGUGAGUGGUACUUUUUCACCUCCACCACGCGAAAGCAUCCGGGUGCCAGCGACAGCAGCCGGGCGUCUCGCCGUGCAGGUGCGGGACGGUGGAAGGCCACCCAAGGCAUCAAGACGGUGCUCGACUCCGACCACAACGUCUUGGGAUCCAAGCAGUGCUUCUGCUAUAUGGAAAGGUGCCCUUCCGGUGGAGAUACAAAGUCCAUAUGGCUCAUGGAGGAAUACUCCAUCCAUGGCCUUCGAAGAAAAGCCGGUGUCUGCAAUAAGCGGCUCGAAUAA